AUGCCCUCCUCCUCAACCACCAACCCCCCCACCGCCACCCUCACCCCCGAAACCCUCGAACACGACCUCCUCACACACCUCGCCUCGACCACCGCGCUCGAAGACCUGCACUCAAACCUCCUCUGCUCGCUGCAACGCACGGGCUGGACCGAAAAGAUCCGACGCCUGUCGCUCGAGCUCCUCCGCGCGGGCCGAUGCGAUCGCUUCGACGAGGUCGUCGAGGCGGUGGUCGCGUCCGCAGAAGGGAGGGGUCAUGCGCUCUGGGACGCGGAGGGGAAUGCACACGCCCAGAGCCAGAGUCAGAGUCAGAGUCAGAAUGGGUCCGAGGAUGGGGUUCUGGAUGGUAGUGGUGGUGCUGGGGACGCGGCGGUGAGGAAUCUGGAUGUGCGCAUUCCGUCGGAGGUGGUGGAGCAGGGGGUUCGUGCGAUCAAGGAGGUGUUGCGGGAGGUGGUGGUUUUGGAGGAUGAUGGCGAGUCGAAUGUUGGUGAGGGUCAGGGGCAGGGGUCGAAUGGCACCGAGAAGGAAAGGGAGAAAGACAAAGACAAGGAGAAGGAGAAAGGCAAACACGGCGCGGAGAAAGUCAAGUCCAAGUCCGAGCUCAAGAACGGUGAUACAAGUCCCGUCAAGAAGACGGAGAAGAAGCCGAAACCGGGGAAGCAGAAGUAG